UUUUUUUUUUGUGACCUUGUUUAAUUAUCUAAUAAUUCACCAGGGCUUUUUGAUAUGUGGAUAUAAUCUUUCUUCUUUAUUAUUUAUUCUAUAUAAUGUUAAGAACUACAACUAAUAAUCUUUCUAAAUCAUCUAUAUGGAAGAACCCUAUCGUUUAUUCAUGUUUUAAAAACUACGCAACCAUUCCAAAUGAUAUGACCCCUGUUGCUAAUGAAGAAAAGAAAGACCAAGAAGUACAACCUUCUUUAUCUUCACGAUUGGGAGGUACAGGUCGUGGUAAGAUUUUAGCUGAAGAGGCCAAUGAUGCUCUUAGUGCUUUCUUAAUUAACAAUAAAAGAUUUCGAAAUAAUCGUAACGGUGUUUUCACUCCUUCUUCAAGAAAGCAUGCCUCUACUAAUGAUGAUCAAUUUAGUGAUGCCGUUGAAGAUCAAAAACCUAGAAUGAGGAGUAACAAUAGAAAUAGACUAGACACUCAUGCAGCAAAGGCAGUUUACAAAAAUAAUAACAAUAAUGAUAGCAAUAACAAUAACGAUAUUAAUAGCAAUAGCAAUAGCAUGAACAAUAGCAAUAGCAAGAAUGAUAACAGGAACAGGAACGAUAACAAGAACAAGAACGAUAGACGUUCAUUUAAUAAACGUAAUAAAGAGCAACCUCAAGAAAUACGCGCACACAGAGCAACUAUUUUCAUUGAUAAAGAUAUCGAUUGGUCAUCCAUUGAAGCAAUGACUUCAACUCCUUCUGUAGAAAUGGCAGUAAUAGAAGAAGAUGAUAAAGAGUUACUAUUAAAAGAAGUGGAGGAUGACUAUAAUCAAUAUCUUAAUGUGGGUUCAAAUAUUCAAUGGUCAAACAUAGAAGGUACAUCUGUGAGCCAUCUAGUUGGUUCUAAUCCUACAUUUAAUCUUAAACAAAAGACUGCUUUUUUGGCUGCUGUUUCUGCCGCAACUACUAUUUCGCCUAAUUCUAUAAGGAAAUAAUAUGAAUAAAAGAGAUAUAGGAAUGAAUAAAGAAUACUGUGAUAGCGUAUAAAUAGAGUUAGUUUAACUAUUAAAAAAAGAAAAGCCUUUUUUGCUAUUAUAUACAUAUUUCCUUCUUAGAUAAUAACCUUAUUAAUUUAUUAUAUAAAGGAGUAGAAAGAAUCUUCUUUAUUCUUCUACUUAAAUUUAUACGCGUAUUGUG